AUUCAGUCUUAAAUAUCCUUUUAACAACUCAUUUCUUGAAAUAAGUUUUUCACGAGAGGCUCGGUGUUACAUAUUUUAUAACAAAAUGUUACGACACAUUUUGAUUCUAUCAAUUGCUUUAACUUAUAGUUUUGGAAAUCAUAUAAAACCUGUAAAAGAUCAUAAAGUUAAAGAUGGCAAGUCAAAUGUUUUUGGUGGAAAAAAGCCAGGUCCUGCAAAUGUAAAUGGAUUCUUCGGAGAAGAAUUUAGCACAAGGUUCGAUACAUCUAAUAUGAAAAAUGAUCCACCAAAGAUAAUGUAUGAUGCCGUGAAAAAUGAACUGAUAGAUGUUUCUGAUACAAACACUAAUGAUCCUCCUUUUCCACCUAAUCCUUUUCGACCUCAUAUUGAAGGACAAUCAUUUGUAGUGGGUCCACCUCAAUUCAGAGAUGCUGAUGGUAUUAAACAAAUUGGCAAUUCAGCUGCACAAGCAAAUGAUCUAAAAUCUUCUGAUGCAAAAAAGCCUGGACCUGAAUUUCGUUCUGUUGCAGAUGGUAUUAAACAAAUUGGCAAUUCAGCUGCACAAGCAAAUGAUCUAAAAUCUUCUGAUGCAAAAAAGCCUGGACCUGAAUUUCGUUCUGUUGCAGAUGGUAUUAAACAAAUUGGCAAUUCAGCUGCACAAGCAAAUGAUCUAAAAUCUUCUGAUGCAAAAAAGCCUGGACCUGAAUUUCGUUCUGUUGCAGAUGGUAUUAAACAAAUUGGCAAUUCAGCUGCACAAGCAAAUGAUCUAAAAUCUUCUGAUGCAAAAAAGCCUGGACCUGAAUUUCGUUCUGUUGCAGAUGGUAUUAAACAAAUUGGCAAUUCAGCUGCACAAGCAAAUGAUCUAAAAUCUUCUGAUGCAAAAAAGCCUGGACCUGAAUUUCGUUCUGUUGCAGAUGGUAUUAAACAAAUUGGCAAUUCAGCUGCACAAGCAAAUGAUCUAAAAUCUUCUGAUGCAAAAAAGCCUGGACCUGAAUUUCGUUCUGUUGCAGAUGGUAUUAAACAAAUUGGCAAUUCAGCUGCACAAGCAAAUGAUCUAAAAUCUUCUGAUGCAAAAAAGCCUGGACCUGAAUUUCGUUCUGUUGCAGAUGGUAUUAAACAAAUUGGCAAUUCAGCUGCACAAGCAAAUGAUCUAAAAUCUUCUGAUGCAAAAAAGCCUGGACCUGAAUUUCGUUCUGUUGCAGAUGGUAUUAAACAAAUUGGCAAUUCAGCUGCACAAGCAAAUGAUCUAAAAUCUUCUGAUGCAAAAAAGCCUGGACCUGAAUUUCGUUCUGUUGCAGAUGGUAUUAAACAAAUUGGCAAUUCAGCUGCACAAGCAAAUGAUCUAAAAUCUUCUGAUGCAAAAAAGCCUGGACCUGAAUUUCGUUCUGUUGCAGAUGGUAUUAAACAAAUUGGCAAUUCAGCUGCACAAGCAAAUGAUCUAAAAUCUUCUGAUGCAAAAAAGCCUGGACCUGAAUUUCGUUCUGUUGCAGAUGGUAUUAAACAAAUUGGCAAUUCAGCUGCACAAGCAAAUGAUCUAAAAUCUUCUGAUGCAAAAAAGCCUGGACCUGAAUUUCGUUCUGUUGCAGAUGGUAUUAAACAAAUUGGCAAUUCAGCUGCACAAGCAAAUGAUCUAAAAUCUUCUGAUGCAAAAAAGCCUGGACCUGAAUUUCGUUCUGUUGCAGAUGGUAUUAAACAAAUUGGCAUAUCAGCUGCACAAGCAAAUGAACUAAAAUCUUCUGAUGCAGAAAAGCCUGGACCUGAAUUAUGCUUACUUCACAUAAAAUUAUGUCGUAGACAAAUUGGCAACUCAGCUGCACAAGCAAAUGAACUAAAAUCUUCUGAUGCAAAAAAGCCUGGACCUGAAUUUCGUCCUGUUGCAGAUCCACUAGUCAAUGAUGCUGUUAAAAAUAAACUGAUAGAUGUUUCUGAUACAAACACUAAUGAUCCUCCUUUUCCACCUAAUCCUUUUCGACCUCAUUUCGAAGACAUGGAAAAAAAUGACAACUCAGCUGCACAAGCGAAUCUACUAAAAUCUUCUGAUGCAAAAAAAUCUGGACCUGAUGAACUUCCUGUCGCAGACGAAGUAAAAGAUGUUUUGGAAAAAACUCUUUCAAGAAUGCAAAAUACUUUAAGAAUGUUAAAAGAUGCACUGAAUAAUUCCAAAAUUAAAAUUACAGCAAAGAGAUCAUCAGGUCGUUCAAAUACAAAAAAAGAUUUGAAGAAGACAUUGUCAAAACUUGAAAAAGAUUUUCGUUCACUGAAAAGUUAUUUUCAAAAUGAAUAAUGCUUGAAUUUAUUCAAACCAAAGAUGAGAUGAAUAUUUCUCCGAAGAUUUGAUCAUCUUAAUUUUCGUUAAAAGAUUACAGAAGUUUUGUUCUAUCGCUUUAAUUUUUUUUUUAUUUGAUGUUGAUUUAUUUUUUUAUUUUUAUGCACAUUUUUAUAAUUUUAUAUAAAUGGUUUUUAUUAAAUCUUUAUUUGUCAUUUUUUUAAAGAUGUUUAUUAAAGAUUUUUCAAUUAUCGAUUCUAGUAAUUUAUUAACGACCUCAAUAGACUUUAUUGUCAUCGCGACCUCAAAUUAUUAACAAUGAUGUGAGUGAUUAUGAAUCGA